AACCCUAUGCCACUGUUGGAGAAAAGCAUCCCGAGCUCGAAGUCCAAACUCUUCCGAAUGCUCUCAGCCGGCAGAAUCUUAACCCUAUCAAAAGAAAUAAAAGAUUCAAUCUUUGUAUGUUAUCAUGGUGCUCGAUUUCUAUCUACAGAAUCAUAUGAUCCUCCGUUUUCGCCAAUCUCCGAACUCACGAAGUCUCCGAGACACAGGACGAAGAAACCCCGACAGGAGCAUUCGGAGCCGGUCAAGGACGAGACUGCUCCGUUGACUUCGGAUCUUCCGUUUGAUUUCAGGUACUCAUACUCGGAGACCAACCCGAAUGUUCAACCCAUCGGAUUCCGCGAACCGAAACGGUUUUCUCCGUUCGGACCAGGUCGACUGGACCGGCUAUGGACCGGAACAUCGGCCCCUGCUCCGCCGGAGGCUGAACGGAACCGCUCAGCGGAGGAGAGGAGGAGGGUUCUCGGUGACCCAUUAACGGCGGAAGAGUUGGGGGAGCUUGUUGAACGGUAUCGCCAUAGUGAUUGUUCCCGGCAAAUCAAUCUGGGGAGAGACGGAGUCACUCAUAACAUGAUAGAUGACAUACACAACCAUUGGAGGAGAGCAGAGGCUGUGAGGAUUAAAUGCUUGGGAGUACCGACUCUUGACAUGGACAACAUAUGCUUCCACCUCGAGGACAAAUCAGGAGGGAAGAUCAUAUAUAGACAGAUCAACAUUCUUCUUUUGUACCGGGGCAGGAAUUAUGAUCCCAAAAAUAGGCCCGAAAUUCCCCUCAUGUUGUGGAAGCCUUAUCCGCCCAUAUAUCCAAGGCUUGUGAAGAAUGUAGCCGAUGGUUUAACGUUCGAAGAGACCAAAGAGAUGAGAAACCUCGGGCUUCAUUCCCCCGCCUUGAUGAAACUCACUAGGAAUGGAGUGUACGUUAAUGUCGUGGAAAGAGUAAGGGAGGCAUUUGAAAGGGAAGAGGUCGUGAGAUUAGACUGCACUCACGUCGGGGCGAGUGAUUGCAAAAGGCUGGGCGUUAAGCUAAAGGAUUUGGUUCCUUGUGUUCCAAUAUUAUUCAAGGAUGAGCAGAUCAUACUUUGGAGAGGGAAGAGAGGUCAAGAAGAGUAACUAACGACUCCUCUGUUAUCAGAUAAUCUGAUUCAGAUUCAGAUCAAGUUUUGUAUAACCUGACCAAGCCAUUAAAAGGCACAAAUUCGGUUGUUUGUAAUAAGAAAUAGGGAUAAUCGCCGUAAAAUAUCUGUACUUUUCCCUGAUCUCAAUUUAAUACAUGUACUUUUUUAA